GAGUUGGUGAAUUCAGAAUCCAAAAUUUAAGAUCGAAUUUGGUUUUGAAGCUUCAAAGGCUUUUGAUGAUAUUGAGCUUUAAGUGUCAUUGUACCAGAAAGCUUUUAUUGAGAUCGAUGAAGUAGGUACUGAAGCUGCAGCUACUACUGUCGUGGUUUGCACUACAGGCUCGAGCGCUUUUGCGCCGGAGAGGAUAGAUUUCUUGGCAGAUCAUCCAUUUCUUUUUUGAUUAGAGAAGACAAAACUGGAACUGUUUUGUUUGUUGGACAAAUUUUUGAUCCUUCCCAAGGUCUUUUAUGAAUUUCGCUGUCCAUUGGGUUUGAGGUUUUAGUGAACUCAUUGAUUUGAAUUGCACUGUUGGACCGAAUUUUGGUCAUGUUGUUAAUGGACCACAAUCGAUCAAAUGGGCCGAGAAGAGUUGAAGCCCACAACAAGCACUCGAGCAGAUAUGUCUGUCUUAGAGAUAAUCGCAAGUCCCUCUCGGUCAAAGAAGGAGCUGCAAAAAGAAAUGAAGAAGCAAAACGACGCUGACUUGGCCCUUACUGGUAAAGUGAUUGCUUCCAAAGCAAGAAACUCUAAUUUCGUCUUCUCUCCGGCAUCACUCAACAGCGUCCUAACCAUUGAGGCUGCCAGUGCCAGCUCUGCUACUGAAGAACGGAAGGCCGUCUUCAACGAGACUGCUACCGUCGCUUUUGCUGAUGGAAAGGCGAAUGGUGGCCCUAAGAUCACGGCAAUCAACGGUGUUUGGGUCGAGCAAUCACUCCCGGUUGAUCAUUCGUAUAAAAAUCUUUUGGUGAAUGUCUUCAAGGCUACUUUCACUCAAGUUGACUUCAGGUCCAAGGCUGACCAAGUGCGUAGAGAGCUGAAUAAAUGGGUUUCAGAUCAGACCAAUGGUCUCAUCAAGGAUCUUCUUCCUCCUGGAUCCGUUGAUAACAAAACGGAUAAGGUUUAUGGAAACGCAUUGUACUUCAAGGGAGCUUGGGAAGACAAAUUCAGCAAGUCAAAGACGAAAGACAGAGACUUUCACCUUCUCAAUGGAACCUCAGUCUCUGUGCCGUUCAUGAGCAGUGGUCAUGAUCGCCAAUACGUUCAGAGAUGUGGUGGUUUCAAGGUCCUUGUGCUCCCAUUUCGACAAGGCCUUGAUAUCAACCGCAGUUUCUCAAUGUAUUUCUAUCUUCCCGACAAGAAAGAUGGUUUGGAUAAUCUUGUUAAGAAAAUGACAUCAACCCCUGGUUUUGUGGAUAAUCACAAUCCGACAUGUCGAGUUAAACUUGGCGAUCUCGCUAUUCCAAAGUUUAAGAUCUCUUUUGGGUUUGAGGCUUCAAGGGCUUUCGAGGGAAGUCUGGUUUCAAAGGCUUUGUAUCAUAAAGCUUGUGUCGAGAUCGAUGAAGAAGGCGCUGAAGCUGCUGCUGCUACUAUUUUUGCUGUGCCAAGAAGCUAUACUAAAGCUAGCGUUGAUUUCGUGGCUGAUCAUCCCUUUCUUUUCUUGAUUAGAGAGAACACAACGGGAACCGUUUUGUUUGCUGGUCAAAUCUUCGAUCCUUAACCGGGCCGAGAUCAGAUUCAACUUGGCAAAGUCUGUGUCCUAGCUGUUAUGGUUUUAGUUUUAUGUUCUAGAUUGAGAAAUUAUAUUUAGAAACCAAAAAUUAGUUUCAGUCUAUAUAUUAGGUUUAGUUUAUAGGAAACGUUCAGUUCCUUGAACUGAUAUGUGAUAUGUCUACGAAGAUUUGGUUCAGGCCAUAUCGGUUUGAUUUGAUGUUUUCUACGAAUUUAUAUUUUAUUAUUACUAGGUGAUUUUUCCGUGCUCAUAUACGGAUAUAAAUAUCAUAAAAUAAAUAUAUUAUAAUAAUUUAUUAAUAUUUUAGCUUUAAUUAUUAUAUUAAUUAUAUUGUAAUCAAUAUGAAUGGUUUUAAAUAAUAUUAUGUUAUUUUAAUUAGACGUAUAAUUUUGGAUAUAUAAUAUCUCGACUGUUUGGUUAUUAUUUGGAUAUAUUAGAUAACAUUUACUUUUCCGAUUCACCUAACAACUUAAAGUUUUGAUUAAUUUUGUUAUUUUGAUGUAGUUUGAUUCUUGUCUUAGAUUUGCAAACAUAUUUUAGUAAGAUUAUGUAUAAUUCAUUAUAUGUUGUUUUGAGAAUCAAAUAGUAAAAGUAAACUAAAGUGUUGACGAUUCAAAGUUACAUAAAUAAAUAUAACAAUGAUAGUCAUUUGAAACCUUAUGUAUAUAUAUAUAUAUAAGUUAUACAAAAUACUUAAUUGUAAUAGUUGGUUAAUAUAUAUUUAUAAAUAUUAUUUGAAAACUUCAUAUUUAUUUGUAAUAUGUUGAGCCGUUCUAUAAUUUAUAUGUAUAAAAAUAUUACUAUAAAUAAAAAAUAUUAUUUUAAAUUAAUGUUUGACUUUGUAUAAAAAUUUUGAAUUGGUCUAGUUACUCAUUUUGUGGGUAUAUUGUGUUACAUAUACUCCGUCAAAUUAAAGUAUAAUUGUUUAUAUUUAUUGUAUUAGUUUGGUUGUUCAUCUUAGAUGUGUAAAUAUAUUUUGAUUUUUUAGUAAUUUAGUAUACGUUAAUUUGGAAAAAGAAAAUUAUAACAAUAAAAUGAUGAUAGGUACAAAGUUACAUAAAAACAUAACCGAUAAAUUUUAAAAUGGAAGAUUAUUUCUUUACUUUGAUAUCAAGAUUAUUUUUCUAAACUUUACUUAUUAUGAAAUCACAUUAUAUAUAUAAAUAUAUAUUCUUCUUAAAUUUUAUUAAUAUUUUAUUUAUCCUAUAUGUUAAUUUAAAAAAUAUUAAAGGGAACUUAAAUAAUAAAGAAAGAUUAAAUUAAAUUAAAUUUUAUUCAUUAAAUGUAUCUUAAUUUAUGUUAUUAAAUUAUUUUGUAAUAAUUUGAGAAAUAUAUUGAUUUAAAUAAAAUGCUUAAUAGUUUUAAAAUAUAUAUUAUGUUUUUUAAGAUUAUCUUUUAAAAGGGAAGAUUAUUUCUUUACUUUAAAAUCAAGAUUAUUUUGUGAACAUUCCUUAUUAUGAAUUACACUAUAUAUAUAAAAGAUAUUUUCGUUUUAAAAAUUAUAAAUUUCUUUAAUAUAUUGGUUUUUUGAAAAAUAAAGAAAAUGGAAACCUAAAUAAAAAAUAAAAUAAUAAAAUAAAUAUUUAAUAAUGAUAAUUAGAUAUAUUUGACUCAUUAAGGGUAUCAUCGUAAUCAAUCACCGUGAGAGUUAACAUGAGCAUGACACGUAAGAAACUAACUUCUCAAAUAAUAUUAUAGAAAUUUUGGUCAGCAAAGUUUGGUAUUUCUUUUUUUAGCAGCUUCAUAAAUUAUGCAAUAAGUUAACUAUCUAAGAAUUACAUUUUUCUCACAUUUUUCUUACAAUAUACAUUAAUAACUAGGUGUUUUGUCCGCACAUGCAGGCAUUUUACUAAUAGUUAUUAAUAUAUUUCUUAUGAUUUAAACAUGACAAUAACUUAUUUUUUAUAUUCUUUAUCAUUUUAGUUUUCUUUGAUUUUUAUCCGGUCUACGUCUUCUUAGUACAAAGGAAAACUAUAAAACUAUGAAACCAUGAGAGCAUAAUUACAUAUCAAAUAUUACACACAAUAAAGUAAAAUAAGGAUGUGAACUUCUUUUUUGGACAACGUAGAAUGUGAACUUUUGGUCUCUCUUAAUCUACUUUGUAUUUUUGAACCAGAAAAAUGUAUUAAAUUACCAAAAAAACAUUGAAACACACAAAUCCAAGUAAAAAUAAAAUAAAUAGAAAGUAAAUAAAAAAUAAAGUUCGAUGAUAAUUUAGAAAAAAAACUUACAAAAAAAAAUAAAUUGAGAUAAUGAUAAUAUUUCAUUGGUUUACGUGAUAAAUAUAUACAUUGAGUUAUCAAAAUAUUUCAUAAGUUUACAUUUAAUAAACAAAAAAAAAAUAGAUAAUGAUAGUUUUAUUAUUAUAGUUAAUUAUAUAAUGAUAAAUCUAAUUGUUCAUUAAAAAUAUAUCUACUUUAGCCGUUUUAGAGAUUAAACCAUUAAACACAUGUUCAUAACAUGAUUACAUAAGCAACUCUCUAAACUUAAUAUCAAAGCAUAAGUUUUCUUAUAAAUUAAACAGUAAUAAAACAUAUAAGUGAAAUAACUGCAAUUAAAUAAUUUGGAAUAACUAAUUCAUAAUUCCAAACUGCAUGUAAUAAAACUGAUUUGCUUCCUAGUCUUUUAAACUCAACGAAAGAAAAAAAACAUAAAACUCCAACUAAACAGAUAACAAAUAUCGAAAGUACAUAAAUAUAGAUGUCAAGAACCCAAAAAGGAUCUAAAGCUAAAGAGAGAAUUAAGCUUUGAUGUUGUUCAUAUAGAAUGUUGUUCAUAUAGCCGUUAAUGCAAACAACUACAUCAAUAAUAUUGUUUGGCAAAAAAAUAUUGUUUGAUCUGAACAAAAUGAUUGAACCACUGAAAAGAGAACGUUGACAUAAGAAUGAAAGUGAUAUCAUGAAGAUAACGCAAGCAAUUGAACCAGAAAACACUAUACCUAGAGGAUGAAAAAAAACUAUAACCGAUACAACUUGGAAUGAAUGAGAAAAAUGAGACUAUAAAAUUUAAAACAUCUUACAUCACAUGAUAACAAGAAUUGGUCUUCACUUGUGAAAGUUAAAAUAAUUAUAAUUUUAGUUCUAAUUAGAAAUUUUGAAAUAAUUAUAUUAUUUAAUGAAUAAAUUAAUGAUUUAAGCUAGAAACUAAUAAGAAACUUGUGAAAGUUAAAAUAAUUAUAAUUCCAAUUAGAAAGUUCGAAAUAGUAUACUAUUU